GGCCACUGCCGGUCCAUGACCUUGGCCGUGGAUAUAUAAACCGCCACCUGAACUCUGACUGCAGACUUCACCAUGGGCAGCCAAGGACUACUCUUCGCCGUGCUUCUGGCCUUCAUCGCCAUCGCCCACGCCAAAGUGGAUCUCGAGGAGGCUGAGAAAUUCUUCAACAAAUGCAAGGAAGAGACGGGAGCAGAAGAAACUUUCGAGGACACAUACAAAAAGGAUAUACUACCGUCCAGCGAGAAGGGAAAGUGUUUGCUGGAGUGUAAAAUGAGACUCAAAGGCGUCUAUGACGAGGAUGGCAAGUACAGUCCUGAGGGCGCCAAGAAGUACAUCAGUAAGGUUUUCGAUCACAAACGUGAGAACAUUGACAAGGUGUUGGAGAUUUUUGAAGAGUGUAAAAAGAUUGAUGUUGAGGGAUUGAACAAGUGCGAAGUUGCUUAUAAACACGUAGAGUGUGGUCAGAAAAAACUACGUGAGCACAACAUCAGCUUCAAGGACUAAACACGGGCAACAAACGCAGCACGUGUAAUCUUUUUUAUUUGACAGAGAGAGAAAUUUCUCCCAGUCUGUGUUAAGAAAUUUUUUUGUUAAUUAAAUAAAUAAAUAAUGUUAAAUAAAAUACAAAUAUUCUA